GGUAGAGUCAGUCGGGGAUUCUGGUUCUGGGUGGCCUCGUGUGUAUCACCGUCAUCUUCGUCCCAGCAGAUACCAGGGCCUCUGCCCACACCCCUCGUGCUACCGAGACCCCUUGUUUCCUUUUCAGGAGUAAGGGCUUCUCUGGGGCUUGGGUGCACACGGGGUGAGGAGUUUGGGAGGGCAGGGACAGGGCCCAGGGGGCGGGUCUGGCCACUCUCCAUGUGGCUGACGGGCAGCCUCCACCAUGUCUGCCUGUGGUGCUCGUUGUGCUGGCUCUGGUGGGGAAGUUUGCCUUGGCGGCUGGAUUUACCAUCUUCUACGUGAACUCUGCUGAGCUCUUCCCCACUGUCAUCAGGUAAGGGCGGCGGGUGCAACCCUGGCUCCUCUGUUCCUGAGACCCUCAUUUUGACCAUCCCUCCCCCACCCUCCCUGCUGUUUCCCACAGAACUUAUAGAACUUACAGGACUGGCUCUGGGGCAGCAGGGCUGGAUGGGGUCCAGAGCUGGCUGAGGUCAGGGGAGUACAGAGGGCAGUGGAGGGCAGAUACACCAGGGGCCAUAGCCUGGCCUUGUCAGGACUAAAUACAGUGUGAGUCCAGGUUUGAUGAAUGGCUCAGAAGGAAGUCUCCAGUGGGAAUCGGGGGUGGUCAGGAGGUGCCGCCUUUGAUCGGAGACUGGAUAGGUGGGCAGGAGUGCAGCCGGCAAACAGAAAGGCCUGGAGGUGGGAGAAGCAGGCCACAUAGUAGGACUAGGAGAAGUGCAGGUUGAUGGGGCAGGAAGGCUGCGUGGACUUGAGGAAGCCUGGAGACCCUGCACAUCUGGGGAGACCAGACGAGACAUCGGGGCUUUCCAAGGACGUGAGCUGGGGUGGAACUGUGGGAGGAGCUGGGGUGGACCCAGGGGAGGCCGGGUCCACUCAGCUUCUGCUGCCCUUCCCACAGGCAGACGGGCGUGGGGCUGGUGAGCAUCUUCUCAAGGAUCAGGGGCAUCCUCAUGCCACUCAUGAUCCUGCUGGGCAAGUAUCAUGUGUCCCUGUUCGUGCUCAUCUACGGCAGCCUCCCCAUUGGGGCCAGCUUACUCUGCCCUGCUGCCAGACCCUGAAGGACACCGUCGACCACCUGGAGCAAGAAUCCUGAUCACAAUAAGAGAUGGCAAAGAAAAAGAGCCUCAAGAUAGAGUUCAAAUCCCAUCCUCAUCCCAGGAACCUCCACCAACAGGAUGGCGCAGAAAGCCCCCGUUGCUGUUCUCUGGAUAUGCUAUUACAGAGAUUGAGGGCCAUAGAUGCCCAGGAUGAUAAAUUAGCCAACAUCAUGGAUGUGGUGGGGGAGUUUGGCACAUUCCAGCGGAGGCUGGUGGCCCUCAGCUUCAUUCCCAACUUAUUGUCCUCCUUCUUCAUGUUUGCUGAUAUCUUCAUGUUCGCACCCCAAAAGCCCUAUUGCAACACCAGCUGGAUACUGGCAGUGGACAGAAACCUGUCAGAGGCUGAGCAGAUGAAUAUGACCCUGCCCCGUGCACCCAAUGGCAGUUUCCUGACUUGCCUCAUGUAUGUGCCUGUGGACUGGGAUCUGGAUUCUGUCAUCCAAUUUGACCUCAAUCACACAGACUCAUGUCAAAAUGGGUGGAUCUAUCCUGAGAGCAAGAGGCGGUCACUGAUAAAUGAGUUUGACUUGGUGUGUGGCAACGAAACAAGCAACGAAAUCGUGUAUACCGUGUUCUUGGCUGGGCUCUUGACGGGGGCUGUCAUCUUCGGGUUCAUAACUGACAAGUUGGGCCGCUACCCCACCAUCCUGCUGUCGCUGCUGGAGCUGGCCAUCUUCGGCUUCGGGACAGCCUUUGUCAGCAGCUUUAACCAGUAUAUAUUCUUCCGCUUUUGUGUGUCCCAGGCCGUGAUGGGCUACACCAUCGGCAGCUCAGCUUUACUCACUGAGUGGCUAAUGGGCAUGCACCGGGCCCACGCCUUCAUCCUGGGACACUGCUUUUUUUCCAUGGGAGCCGUUUUCCUGACAGGACUUGCCUACAGCCUUCCCCACUGGCGGCUAAUGUUUCUGGUGGGCGGAACACCUGUAUUCCCCCUCAUCUGCUAUAUCUGGAUUCUCCCAGAGUCCCCACGGUGGCUGAUAAUGAAAGGGAAGCUGGAGGAGGCCAAGAAAAUGCUGUGCUAUGCAGCUGCUGUGAACAAAAAGACCAUUCCUUUAAGUCUGCUGGAUAAGUUGCAACUGCCUGGAAAGAAGGUGGCUUCGGCCUCUAUCCUGGACUUCUAUAGCAACAGGUACCUCCGCAAGUUGACCUUGGUGAUGUGCAGCAUGUGGUUUGCUAUCGGUUGCAACUAUUACACGCUGGGCUUCAAGAUAAGGGAAUUGGGCAUGGACAUCUACCUCUCACAAGUGAUUCCUGGCAUGAUGGAGGUGCCCGCUCGGCUCUGCUGCAUCUUUCUCCUCGAGCAGUUUAAGAGGAGAGGAACCCUGAUUAUGACUUUGUUCCAAGGAGCCACCAUGUGCUUCCUUAGCCUUAUGCUCCCAUCAGGGGAGGGUGGCCACAGACUCAGGUGGCUGCAUUGUCUGGCCACAGAGUUGAAAUCCCUCGUGAUCUUGAUAACCCUGCUUGGAGAGUUCAACCUGGCCGCCUCCAUCACCAUGUUCUACAUCUACACUUCUGAACUCCUCCCCACCAUCAUCAGGGCAACAGGUCUGGGUCUAGUGUCUCUGAUCUGGGCGGCUGGAGGCAUCUUUUCUGUGACACUCAUCCACCAGAACAUUGCCAUCCUACCCAUCAUUCUCUGCUCCCUCUCGGCUUCCGUGGCUUUGUUCUACUGCUCCAAUUUGCCAGAAAUGCAAGAUCAGCCCCUGCCUGAUACCCUGGAGCACAUUACCCCACAGUCAAGGAGCCUAAGCGAGGAACUCUCGAAUGAGGACAUGUUAAGUGACGACAUGACGGAGGAAGUGGCCAAGAACACCAUUCUCAACUCCAGGUUGACGAGCAUGGACCAAGAUAGUCUCUCCAGCCCAUCUUUGCAAUCUAAAGAUGAAAAAAUAGACAAAGAGGAGGACUGAGGACCAGGCCUUCGGAUGAUCUCGGGUGGGAGCGGA